UUUCACAUGGCUAGGGCCCAAAGCGACCUCAUGGUUGUUUGCAAGCCAUUGAAAUUAUUUAACCCAUCUUAGAAUUUAGAACAAGAAAAAACCCCUUAAUAUCUCAUUAUCCAAUAAUUUCACUAUAACCCUUUAUUUCAUCUCCAAUAACCUGUAGUCUCCCCCAUCCAACUGGAUUGUCAAGAGAGAAUGCAGAAGAGCUGUACACUGACGGAAAGAAAAUGCGCAGUAAAGGUGCUCGAUGAAAUGCCUUCCCGAAGGUUGAGAUACCUAAAGAGAAUAGAUUCUAAUUCCAGUAGGAAUCAAGAAGCAAAGAUUGGUGGCAACCUUGCCUCCAAUCUUUGUUUGAUCGAUCACAGUAUCUUCAUCUCCCCCAAAUCAUGCAUGGAACAUUGGUGAUUAUUUGAAGAACAAGAAUUUGGCUGCCAUCCAUGGGCUGCUGCUUCUUUUUCCCUUCCCAUGCAUUGCACGGUGAAGCUUCGCGUGACAGGUAUUGUGAUAUGAACAAGAAGAAGAAGAAGAAGAAGAAGAAGAAGUGCCUAGCAUCAUGUUGCUGCUGCUUUUCUCGUUCUUCUCAUCGCACUUGCCCUCCUCUGCCCACAAAUGACCAAGAUGAAGUUGCAAAGGCCAUCAUAUCAACUAAGUCACCGGAUUUUAAGCAGGUUGAAUCCGAUGAGGCCAAAUUGCUCAUACCCGUUAUCCCCAAACCUCCAUCUUAUCCCCCCUUGAGUUAUAACAAGGUGCAGGGUAAAGAUGGAACAUCAAAAAAACCUGGUGGCAUGAUUCGGGAGGGUAGACGAUCCAAGAAACGUAAUAACUUGAUCAGAGCCUCCUCGAGCAAUAUAAUGCUUUUUGGUAAUUUAGGAAAUGUAAAGGGACAUAGGACUGCUUCCAUUGGUAGAGAUUUGCUUGAUUACCUGCCCAAGACUGCAAUGGAACUGAGUGCAGAAGCUGAUGCUAAGAAAAAGGUGGCUGCUAAAGAGAAUGAAGGGGUGUCUCAGAAAGAGCCGGAGGAGUUGGAUGCUGAGGGCUUGAAGGAGAAGGGCAAUGAGGAGUACAAAAAUGGCAGAUUUACUGAAGCAGUGGCUUUCUAUGAAAGAGCGAUUACGAAAGAUCCGAGUAAGGCAUCAUAUUGGAGCAACAAAGCUGCGGCUUUCCUAGGUCUAGGCCAGCUUCUUGAAGCAGUUACAGAUUGCAAAGAAGCUGUUAGAAUUGAUCCUGCUUAUGGUAGAGCACAUUAUAGGCUGGCAACCCUCUAUAUCAGGUUGGGAAAUGCUGAGAAAGCAAUCGAUCACUAUAAGCUAUCACAAAAUGAAACCAGUGCAGAUGACAUGUCAAAAGCGCAGGCUUUACAAAGCCAUCUUUCCAUGUCUGAGGACGCUCGAAGACUAAAGGACUGGUCUUCUUUGUUGAAAUUAGCCCAGGAUGCCAUUUCUGCCGGUGCUGAUUCAUCUCCCCAGGUCUUUGCCUCACAAGCUGAGGCCCUCUUGAAUCUACACAGACAUGAAGAAGCAGAUGCAGUAUUGGCCAGCUUGCCUAAGUUCAACAUAGAUGCAUCUACAAAGUUUUUUGGUGCUGCUAGCAAUGCAUAUUUCUUUGGAGUCCGAGCACAGGUCCAUAUGGAAGCAGGAAGGUUUGAGGAUGCAGUUAUUGCCGCUGAAAAGGCUGCUCAACUCGACCCUGACAAUAAGGUCCUAGGUUCUUUAGCACAGAAGGCUCUUACUGUAAUGUCUGCUCAAGUGAAAGGUAAUGAUCUCUUCAAAGCAUCCAAAUUUAGUGAGGCCUGCGUAGCCUAUGGGGAAGGACUUGAUGAGGAACCCUAUAAUCCCAUUCUACUUUUCAAUCGAGCUGCCUGUCGAGCAAAACUUGGUCAGUGGGAGAAAGUGAUUGAAGACUGUGAUAAUGUUCUUAAGUUCCACCCUGCACAAAUUAAAGCUCGUCUUAGAAGAGCCGACUGCAAUGCCAAGUUGGAAAGAUGGGGAGCAUCAGUAGAGGAUUAUGAGAUAUUACUUCGGCAAAUGCCAGGGGAUGAUGAGGUGGUCAAGGCUCUGUUUGAGGCUCAUUUACACCUAACGAAGCAGCCAGGGGAAAAAGUGAAGGACUCAGAAAAUGAUGCUGGUUUGAUGACUAUCACAUCAGAGAACCAAUUAAUGAACAUCAUCAUGUUACCUGGGAUUUAUGUCGCAUUGUUCUUCAAUAAGUCAAGUGAGGCCUCAGAGAACCUAUUCCCCUCCAUGGAGGGAACUCUCAAGAAAUUCACUUCUGUGAAAUUCCUAAAGGUGGAUAUAGAAGAGUGCCCAAGCUUAGCAAAGUCAGAGAACAUUAGCACAACGCCGGCCUUCAAAAUUUACAAGAAUGGUUCAAAUGUCAAAGACAUUGCAGGAUCUGACUUCAAUCAGCUAGAGCACUACAUUAAAAGUUUUGAAACUUGAGGGGUGAGCUUGUAAUGUGGGGAAACUUUAGCAUGGAAAAAAGUGUAAAUUGUUCAAGUAUCUUAGAUUUAGGCUUUGCAAGGGUUGAGGUGAAAACAGAGAGAUCAGUGUAAGAAGAAAUUUCAUGUUUUGAUGAAAUGAUUACCGAUGACACUCUUGUUAUGUAUAAUAUUCAUAAAACUUUGUGAAUUCUAUAAAAUGUUUCUAAGCA